AUGGGGUUAUCAUCUGUUGAAAAAUUAUAUUCAUAUGUUCAAAAAGUAUAUUUUAAAUUUCGAAAAGGAGAGGAAAAGUGCAAAAUGCUUAGAAUAUCAUUAGAAAUUAGAUCCGAACUAACAAUUUCUCCUGGAAAGGUUUUAUCAUUGCAAAUAACAGAUGAUUUUGAUUCAAUUUUUUUUUAUUCAUUAAUGCUUACUCAAGAGGAUUUUAGUGUGUUAAAAUCUCAACAAGGUCUGUUAGUCGAUUUUGAUCAUUUUCCUUCACAGUUAAUAAAACUACUGGAAAUUUGUAAAUCUCAAGAUGUCGGAAACAAAUUUAUAUUAGUUCUUGAUGAUGAGGAUUCAGUAUUUGUACAAUCUUCCAUAGAGUAUGACAACGGUUGCAUUUAUUUAAAAGUAAUCGAAACGAAUAAUUUUAAAAAUUUGUGUCAUUUAUCAUUAAAAGUAGCUGAAGAAACUAAUUAUUUAAAAUUAGAAACAAGUCAUCAAAUUUCAGAGGAGAGAGAAAAGAUAACAAAAUUGCAAAGCGAAUGGCAACAAAAGUUAGAGUUAGAAAAAUCUCAACUCAUUAACCAACAUCAAAAACAAAUAAAUGAUUUGAAUGAACAAAUAAAUUCUUUGACCUUUAAUAAUAAAAAUUUAUACGAAAGCAGGUGUCAACUUGAAACAUCGGUAAAAGAAAAAUCAUUUCAAAUAGAAGCUUUAGAAAAACAAAAUAUGCAUUUAAAUCAAGAAAUAACACUUUUAAAAAGGCAAACUUCUCAAUUAGAUCAAGACUAUCAUGAAAAAGAUAAAAUGGUGAUUAGUUUAAAAACUAAAUUAGCUGUUGCGGAACAAGAAUUAAAAGAUAAAAGUAAAUACCUUGAAAAACAACAAGAACUUUUAAAAUCUGCCAACGAGCAAAAAGCAUUUUUGGAAGAAGCUUUGAAUGAGAAAGAGGUUCAGUUACAAAGGAAACAAUCUGCUGUUCAGACAUUGUCUGCUGAUCUCAUGAAAUACAAUGAUCUGAUUGCAAAACUUCAAUCCGAUUUAGCUGCAAAUAAAGCCAAGAUGAAGUUACGAACCGAUAUAGCAUUGGAACAGGAAAAAGUUCUAGAAAAAAAAGUUCAACAAUUAACAUCUCAAGCCAACACGAUUAAAGAAUUAAAUGAAAAGAUAUUAAAAUUAACAGAAGAAUUAAGUGCAAUCAAAAAUGAACUACAGGAAGCCAAUAAAAAAAUCGAAGAAAAAGAAAUGACCAUUAAAAAAAAUGAUAAUGUCAUAAAUUGGUUAAACAGACGUCUCACAGAGUGCAAUACAGGUUCUUCUCAAUCACCAACGUUGAUAACAUCGACAAGAACAGAAAACGAUUCAAUAUUGGCCAUAUCUCAACCGAAAGGAAAUAUAUCAAAUUUAGCCAAAGGAUGGCCUCCAUGGUUAAUUAAUUCCAUAGCAGGAUGUAACAGCUCUAAUGGUGAUUCUACAGGAGCAUCAUCAAACUGUACAAAUUCAUUUAUACCCUCAAGUAUUAAUGCGACUCAAGGAAAUGUAAAAUCUGAUACAUUAAAAGAACCAUUACAGUCAAAGUGCGAAGAACUGAAAAAAAAGGAAGAGAAAAAUAUAGAUUUUAACGGAGUGACAGAUUUAAAAAAACAAUCAAAGGGUCUUGAUCCAAAAUAUUUUCAAAGUUCAAUUGACAAAGAUUUUAUUUUUAAUCCACAAAUAAUAAAGAAAAAUAUUACUGCUGUUGAUAGCAUUAAAAGUAAAGAACAGGCUAAAUCUGCGAAUGGACGAAAGCAAAUAUCUGCAUAUUUCCCUAAAACUGCUCCUACAUUACAAUAG